AUGGACCCCAGCUUUGACGACGAUGAGCCUUUCAUAUUCAGGCUUAAUGAUAACGGAACAGGACCCAGUUUGUUGGUCAAGGUGUGUGCUGAACGCGGAUGGCGUCUUUACCAGGGCUACAAUACCGGAUUGGAGGAACGAUGGAAUCUCUGGUGGAGGUCGAGCGCUUUUCGUUCAGCUAGCUACAAAACAUUAGGAGACUGGCAGUUCAUGAAUCAUAUACCAAAAGGCGGAUCAAUGUGUAGGAAAGACAAUCUUUCACGACUUCUUCGAUGCAUGAAGAGGGUUUACGGAGCCAUAUACGACUUCAGUCCACCAUGUUUUCAUUUGCCUUUGGAAUACGCGAAGUUGGUGUCAGAAUGUACGAGACUGAGGCGAGAUGAUGAAGCCAAUGUUGUAUGGAUCCAUAAGCCAGUUGCUCAGAGCCAGGGCAGAGGCAUCUUCCUAUUCCGUAGCGUUUGCGACAUGAGCUGUGGUACUUCAGCAGUGGUACAGAGGUAUAUCGAGCGACCCCUGCUGAUUGCAGGCUACAAAUUCGACCUGCGGCUGUACGUGUGUGUGCCUGGGUACAGGCCGCUUACAGCGUACAUGUACGCCGAGGGACUUGCUAGAUUCGGUACGGACAAGUACACACUAUCGGAUAUCCACAACCGCUACAGGCACCUGACCAACUCAUCGCUCAACAAAUCAGGCCCUCGAUACGCUGAAUGUAAGGACCGUAUUGGUAGUGGGUGUAAGUGGACGUUGACUCAAGUUCGAAAAGCCCUCGUUGGUCGUUGGGGAGCGGCAGAGUGGGUGAUGUGGCAACGGGUUCGUGCCUUGGUGACACUGACGUUGUUGGCUCAAGCAACUGGUACCCCCCCAGCAAGGAACUGCUUCGAGUUUUACGGCUUCGAUGUAUUGUUAGAUGAUUCAUUGAAACCUUGGUUGUUGGAGGUGAAUCUCUCUCCCGCAUUGGCAUCAGACUGUGAAGCUGACAUUGUAGUAAAACAGCCUAUGCUUCAUGAGCUGUUCGAUCUGCUGGGUCUGCCCAUGAAGCAUACUGGACUUGCCAAGUUAAAAGCACCUCCAUUGCCAAUUAAUAAUAGUUGCAGUUCCGAUGAGGAAAGUGGUACGACACGAUCAACGCGCGCGCGUAAUGCCCCGCGACGUGGACAGCGCCUGCGCCGACGACGUGCACUACCCAUGAACUGUAUUACGCUUCAGGGACCUGGUACCCAACCUAUAACUCAGCUCAUUCAAACUGAAACAGAGAAGACCAAUGAGACUUCAGAAAAAACCAAGGAGCCUCAGAGCGGACGACAUAAAAGUAAUGACAGUGGCGAUAACGCUGAUUUACAGUCAACAUCGAGUGUAUCUUUACAAUCAUCGGAAUGCGUGGAUGAAUCGUGGCGCGGUGGUUACGCCACUGCUGCAACGCGACGUCGUCUUAUGACCGCCUGCCAUUGGGGCAACGGCGUCAAGUGGAACAAGGCCAUAGGGCGAGUGGGACAUUGGGUCCGAAUAUAUCCACACAGCCUACCCUCGGGUGAUGAUUUACCUGUGGAAGAAGUACGUGACAGCGUGGCGCAAGUUACAAAACUCGUUCGUGCAGCCCGUGAAGUGUCCCGCGAGUACGGCCGUGACACAUCAGCGCCCCGGGAUGCGUCUCGUGACGCGGUUUUCGAGGCCGCACUUCGUAAGAAGCUUAUCGAGUUUGGACCACAUUUCCAAGUGUGGUUGCCACCCUUCUAA